CUUGCCUAAAAGAAAAAGGUAAACAGAAAGAAAAGAAUUGCAGAAACUAAAUUCAAAUUCUGGUCCUUCAGAUCUUAGCGUACAAUACCCACAUUUGGUCUCCCCAAAUAUUCUCUCUCUCUCUUCUUCCCCUCAUCACUCCUCUCUCUCUCUCUCUCUCCAUCAACAGAAAUGGGGUUAUCUUUCACUAAGCUUUUCAGUCGACUGUUUGCAAAGAGGGAGAUGCGGAUUCUUAUGGUAGGUCUCGAUGCAGCUGGUAAGACCACUAUACUGUACAAGCUCAAACUCGGAGAAAUAGUCACAACUAUUCCUACUAUUGGAUUCAAUGUGGAGACAGUGGAAUACAAGAACAUAAGCUUCACUGUCUGGGAUGUCGGGGGUCAAGACAAGAUCCGACCACUGUGGAGGCAUUACUUUCAGAAUACGCAAGGGCUUAUUUUUGUAGUUGAUAGUAAUGAUCGAGAUCGUGUCGUUGAGGCCAGGGAUGAGCUCCAUAGGAUGCUCAAUGAGGAUGAACUGAGGGAUGCCGUGCUACUUGUAUUUGCAAACAAACAAGAUCUUCCGAAUGCUAUGAAUGCUGCUGAGAUAACUGACAAGCUUGGUCUCCACUCUCUUCGUCAGCGUCAUUGGUAUAUACAGAGCACAUGUGCAACAUCUGGUGAAGGGCUAUACGAGGGUCUGGACUGGCUCUCCAACAACAUUGCUAACAAGGGUUAAGCAGCAAAUGUUGGAUGAAUCUUCAGUUGGUUUAUCACUCUACCCUUGUUCAAGUGAAGAUUGUCUGUCUAUCUUCCGUUUCGUAUUGUUUUUCUUUUUUCUUUGUCGUAGAUAUAGAGACAUAUAGUCAUAUCGUACUAUGAUGUAUAAAUUGCCCGUAAUAUUCUGCAAUUGUACUAUUUCAGCAUUUUUGCCUCUUUUUAAUGCAUCGAUCUAUUCUCUCCCU